UAUGUCGAUUGAGAAUGCGCCAACUUCCGGUAAUGCUUGAAUGUUUGGAAAACUGUUUCAAAAUGUGGUUUCAAUGCAUUUAAUGAAAGAUUGAAGUACAUAGAAUUUUCGUGAGAAAUGAAACGACCAAUUGAAGGAAUUAUCGAAGACGUAAUUAUAGCGCCGGAUAAGGUUCAACCAAUUAUUGUUAAUUUUCAAAAUGGAGAACUCAAAGAUGGUGAGGCUAAAAAAAUGUCGUGCGGCUUAUUCUAUGACGAGCGGAAAAGGAAAACCAUGUUGGCCCUAUCAAAUGGACAAAUCGUUUAUAAAGGUUAUAAACCCAACAUGGACCAAGACUUGAUGCGUACUAUGCUUGUACUUCACAACAAAAGAACAGGAAAAGUUAGAUUGGUUCAAGCCGAACGAUGGCAAGUGACUCCAAUAUUAGACAAGAAAUUGGAGACAGAUAAUACAGCUACUAUUGAUGAAAAGAUUUCUAUGUUAAACAAACAAUUUGGUUCGAAGAAGGUAAAACGCAGAACAGAACAGUUAGAGAAAAUGAAAGUAAAUGUGGACUCUGUUAAGGAACAAUUAGAACAGACAAUAUUGAAUGUUGAAAUUGAUAAAUCUGAUUUAUCAAUACAAUUACCGCACAAUGAAUACAUUACAAAUACUGCUUUGCCAGAAUGUAAUAGGGAAGCUAUUGAUGUAAAAGAUGUUUAUAAUAUACAUCAUAUUAUACCAGAAAGUAAAUUAGAAACACUAUAUGAUGCAGCUACAGAAAUUGUGGAAGAAGAUAAUAAUAGUUUAGAAGGGAAAACAAAGUUUUUUAAUAGGACGGUGAAGUUCUUGCGGACAGAUCCAGAUAGAGUCAAGAAGACAGCAAUACUAUUUUAUAUGCAAGCAGUUGCAAAAUGGUUAAAUAUGCCAAUGAAAGAUGCUAAGAAACGAGGUAUUGAAGUUUGUCCACUCUCGCAAGAAGUGAAUUCACAUGUAAUAGACACAUAUAGUGUAGUGAGUUCCCAUGGAAGGUUGAGGCCAGCCAGUGUCAAAGAUAAAGGUGUGAUACACUGUAUGAUUUUGGCUUUGACAAUUUGUAACUUUAUAUUAGACAUAGAAUUAUUUGCAACAAUAUUUAGUCACAGGAUGAGUAUAAAGAAAUUAACAGAUCUCGCUAGGAUUAUUGGUGCUUUACCAACUAAGGAAGAUAAGAAAAUUAUUACUUUAAAAGUUCCAUUGCCACCACCAGCGGCCGUUACAAAAAGGGGAAAGAAGAAAUAGUCAUAAGAGGAGUACAAUUUACAAUAUAAUAUAGUUGUACAAAUAAAAUAUAUGUUUAAAUAUUAAGAUACUUUUUGAUAUCAUAGAAAAAGAAUUUAUACAUUAAAGCUACAUUUAUUUUGAAAUAAGUAAUUAUUGUUAUAUAUAAUUAAUGAAUAAGGAUAUCUUAAGAAUUAUGUUUUAAUGAAUUAGUUGAUUAUUCUUUCAACAUUGAUAAUAUUGAAUUUUAUUAAGUAGACUCAGCAAAAAGAUUACUAAAUAAAUGAGGACAAAUUAAUAAUUAUAAUAAUAAUAACCGAUAUUACAUAGAUACAAUGAUAUAAAUAAUUUUAUAUUGCUUUGGCGAAAAUAACUUAAGAAGAAAAUUGAAAAUUG